AUGAUUCUAGGUUUCAAUCAAAGUGCUCCAAUGACACUUGAUAACUUAGAAUUCACUGAAGCGAAGAAAGCUAAAAAUACGAACAGAAUUCACCAUUCAUUACUGUAUCUCUUAUUACUUCAAUCUCCAAUUUUAUGCCAUCAUCAUGCGCUGUUGUUCGUAACGAUAUCAGAUUAUGGGGUUCGACAUGAAUUGCUUUUCCUCUAUCGAAGUAACAAGCCCAACACAACUCACACAUAA